UAAAGCAACGCCUUGUUAGAGAUGAGCUCUUUAGCACUUUAUUGUCCCUAAACUACUCCGCAACCUCUUGGCCUUCACCUCAAGUCUUCUUUGGCCUUUACUGUGCCCAGUGGGGAAAAUGAUUAUUUGGACUCAGUGGUAGAAGCCUGUCCUUUGCCUGCCCCAGCCACGCGGCUCUCACCCCUGUGGGUGGUGUGAUCCAAGAUUUGUUAUGUCAGAGCAAAAGGCAUGUUCUUGGCAGGGGUGGGUCUGGCCAUGUAGGUGGGAGGGCAUCCUUUUUGUCCUGCAGGUUGGGCCCCGUUGUACCUGGGGUCAUGUGGUGUCUAAGGGCUUUUUUAAGCUUCUGCUGUGAAUCAGAGUUGAACCUGAAGCUGUUGCUGGGCUGGCCUGGAGUGUGGGAUUCUUCAGGCUUUGUGCCCCAAGGAUGUGCCUGGACCUGCUUGUCAGUGUCCCGGCAAACCUACAGCCUCCCUGCACAGACUUAGUCUUUCCAGGCUCCCCAGCCCAGGCCUGUGAGAUAAUGAAACAGAGCAGCCUGGAGGUCACUAGGCUCCAGGUCAGUUGGUGGCAUAGCCAGCAGCUUUGUCGCAACUGAAGUAAAGAGGUAAAGAGGCAAGGAAGGAGUGCCAGAAAGGGGUGUUACCCUGGGCAAGGCUCAGAAGUGCAGGAGGUGGAAAGGGGCCGGAUGGAAGCCCACGGAUAGUAAUUUCUUCCUCUGUGAAUGAUUAACUCUCAGCUGAAGGAGGUGGUCUAGGAGGAGGGCUCUGCUAACAGGACUUCUGGACUCUGGGCAAGGUGUCCAGAGAGCUGGCGUGUGGCCUACAGAAGAGGAGGACGUAGCAGCCAUGGAUGCCAAGUGGUGCUGAGCGCGGUGGGACAUGGCUGCAGCCCUGCAGGUCCUGCGUCACUUGGCCAGAGCCCCCUUGGGCCCACUCGUCUGGGGGGGCCCAUUGGCCCGCCUGGCCAGCAGCAUGGCUCUGGCAGAGCAGGCCCGGCAGCUGUUUGAGAGCACUGUGGGUGCAGUGCUGCCCGGCCCCAUGCUGCAGCGGGUCCUGUCCUUGGACCCUGACAGCGGAGAGCUGAAGGUGCGGGACCGGAGCUUUCAGCUGCGACAGAACGUCUACCUGGUGGGCUUUGGCAAGGCUGUGCUGGGCAUGGCAGCUGCAGCUGAGGAGCUCCUGGGCCAGCAUCUUGUGCAGGGCGUGAUCAGCGUUCCCAAGGGGAUCCGUGCAACCAUGGAGCAUGCUGGCAAGCAGGAGAUGCUGCUGAAGCCACACAGCCGCAUCCAGGUAUUUGAGGGUGCGGAGGACAACCUGCCGGACCGGGACGCUCUGCGGGCUGCUCUGGCCAUCAGGCAGCUGGCCGAAGGCCUCACCGCUGAUGACCUGCUGCUCGUGCUCAUCUCAGGGGGUGGCUCAGCCCUCCUGCCCGCCCCCAUCCCACCUGUCACUCUGGAGGAGAAGCAGACACUAACCAAGCUGCUGGCGGCCCGGGGAGCCACAAUCCAGGAGCUGAACACCAUCCGGAAGGCCCUGUCCCAGCUCAAGGGCGGGGGGCUGGCUCAGGCCGCCUACCCUGCUCAGGUGGUGAGCCUCAUUCUGUCAGACGUGGUGGGGGACCCCGUGGAGGUGAUUGCCAGCGGCCCCACUGUGGCCAGCAUCCACAGCGUGCAAGACUGUCUGCACAUCCUCAAUCACUAUGGCCUUCGCGCUGCCCUGCCACGUUCUGUGAAGACUGUGCUGGCCCGAGCCGACUCUGACCCCCACGGGCCACACACCUGUGGUCACGUCCUCAAUGUGAUCCUUGGCUCCAAUGCACUGGCACUGGCGGAGGCUCAGAAGCAGGCCGAGGCGCUGGGAUACAGGGCUGUGGUGCUGAGCACAGCCAUACAGGGUGAUGUGAAAAGUGUGGCCCAGUUCUACGGGCUGCUGGCCCGAGUCGCUGGAGCCCGCCUUGCCCUGCCUGGCGCUGGAGCGUCUGUGGAGGAGGAUGACCGACUCUGUGAACUUGCAGCUGACCUCCAGCUCCCAGAUCUGCAGCUGAAGGAGGCUCUGGAGGCUGUGGUGGGCGCUCAGGGACCAGUCUGCCUGCUGGCUGGUGGCGAGCCCACGGUGCAGUUGCAGGGCUCAGGCAAGGGUGGCCGCAACCAGGAGCUGGCCCUGCGUGUUGGAGCAGAGCUGGGACAGUGGCCACUGGGGACUGUGGACGUGCUGUUUUUGAGCGGCGGCACUGAUGGGCAGGAUGGGCCCACGGAGGCAGCCGGGGCCUGGGUCAGGCCUGAGCUUUCCAGCCAGGCCGCCGCCGAGGGUCUGGACGUGGCCACCUUCCUAGCCCACAAUGACUCACAUACCUUCUUCUGCCGCUUCCAGGGUGGGGCACACCUGCUGCACACGGGGCUGACCGGCACCAAUGUCAUGGACGCCCACUUCCUGUUCCUGCAGCCACAGUGAUGAUGUAGGUCAUGUUUUUGGGAACCUAGAAGAGGCCUGCAGGGCGGCGUCCUGGAACAGACCAGGUUUGGUCCCCAGGGCCUGACUAAGCUUUAGGGCCCCGUCUCCCUUGGCCGUGGCCAUUUGGUUGGCCCUUACACCUCCCAACCAGGGCACCCUCUGUGUCCAGUUUCACACUGGCCAGGCAGAUGGGGGCUCUCUUCCACCCCUACUUUCAGCCAUGGCAGCAGGUACCCCAGAGGAGCAGGACAGGCCCCUGGGCCAGUUCGCUGUUCCUAGUCUUCUCCCCCAGGCAGCCCCUCUGCUCAGCUCCCAAGCCUGUUUCUUCUGUGGGGUGAAGCAAGAAGGACUGAAAAUAAAAAGGACCACGCUCUGGGUUCUCAGUGCGUCCUCUCUCAGAGCACAGACUGGCAGGGGGCUGCCGGGAGCGGAGUGGUGGCCGCCAGCGGCCUCUGCACCGGGGCCCUGCAGGAGUUCGCUGUCCCGUCUCUGCAGGGCACUCGAUUCACCUAAACAGGCGCCUGGGAGGGUUGGGCCUGGCGUGCUUGAUGUGGGUGAGCAGAGACCCCAGGGAGGACAGGCCUCAGGACGUUAGUCUAGCUGUCACUCCCCGCUGUGGCAUCCCUGCUGAGGUGUCUCACUGGGCACGUGCUUGCUGCCUGCCCCACCAAGGACUUCCCUCCCUUCUGUCUUUGGACAGUCCUUAGCCAGACUGUACCUUUGGUUGAGCUGCCUCCUUUUUCCAGGGGCUAUUCCCAGCCACACAGGACACUGGCUCUUGUUUCCUUGUGCCAGGCCCUUUUUCCCAGCCGAACUGCCCCCCGCCCCCAACCAGAUCCUUCAGCCAUUCCUCUGGGGACACCGUCCGGGUCCUGGUGCCAGCCUGCGGUUGGGUGGGGGGGCGGUCUUCAGUGCUGGGAUCCAGCAGCCCCUCCCCCUGUUCCAGCUGGCCGGGGAGAGGAGCCCAGGGGAGGGGCUCUCUUGGCCAGACUAACAGCCUGCGCUGGGAGACAGGGGCCGCUGUCCCGGUCUCCUUGGACCUCUUCGCUGAGUGUCCGAGCCCGCCGCUGGCUGCCCCCGCCGUGCGCCACGGCUCCAAUCCCUAUAUGAGUGAGCAGUAGAAUCACAUAGGAAUAAAAAGCCAUAGAGAACAGCGAGGCCUGGGGCUGCUCCUGCUGGCCCCCACCCCACCCCAGCCACGCCCUCCCCUCUGAGGCUGUGAGGGACUCGGGGCCAGGGCUGGCCUGCCCUGCCCCUGGGAAGAGCCUCCUUCCGUCCUUGGACUCCAGACCGCAGCGUGCAGAUGGUUCCUGGUGGGCUGGGGACGGGCAGGGAGGUGAGCUGGGUUCUGGGGACCAGGGGGAUUUAGGGGAGAGGGGAAUUGGCACCCCUCUGUGAUGCUGGGGCUCCAUUUCCUUCUGUCCUGGCAGGAGGGUCCUUCUGGCUGGGGCGGGGCGGGGGUGGGGUCAUAGUCUUGGGGGGUACUGUCCUCACACGGCCGAGCCUGUGCCCAGGGGCUCCUCCGGCACCCUCUAGACAUGCCCUGGCCCCACUUCAGUCCUCCCUGUGAGGCACGAGUGUUAGCACUGGGCACCAAGUUCCCUGCAAGGGCAGGACGAAGGCUGGGGCUGUGGCCGAGGACCCGUCCGCCGUGUCCCCCAGCGUGUGCAGGCGUGCGUGUGUGUGUGUGUGGUAGCAUGCAAGCGUGCCGGUGUUGGUGCUGGUAUCCCAGGAGGAGGAGCACAUCUGUGUGUAUGCACGGACA